CUUCUCAUCUCUGCCUGCUGUGAUGGUCCCCCCUCUCCGCUGCCAUUUGUGCUCUGGGGCUGGAAGGAUCUCCUUCCGUGCUCGCCUUCUUCGCGCCGUAUGCCAUCCGCCUUAUACACCGCGCUACUGAAAAGCACGCCUUUCACGAUGACGUUGGGCUCCAGCUUCGCCUCCCACAUCUCGCUCAGCAGCGCAAGCGCCCACUGCCACUGCUCGCCCUUCUCGCACGCGCUGAUCCCAGCGCUGUAGCUGAUGACGUUGGGCUCCACUUCGCCUCCCACAUCUCGCUCAGCAGCGCAAGCGCCCGCUGCCACUGCUGGCCCUUCUCGCAGGCGCUGAUCCCAACGUUGUAGCUGAUGACGUCGGGCUCCAGCUUCGCCUCCUGCAUCUCGCUCAGCAGUGCCAGCGCUGGCUGCCACUGCCCGCCCUUCUCGCACGCGCUGAUCCCAACGCUGUAGCUGAUGACGUUGGGCUCCAGCUUCGCCUUCCACAUGUCACUGAGCACUGAAAGCGCGUGUUGCCAUUGCCCGCCUUUUCUGCAUGCGCUGGCAAUCGCAAUGUAGCGGCCUGGGACAAGUUGCACACCUAAUCGAAGUCCUUCGCGGAGCAACCGCAGUGCUACGCUCCAUUGUUUUGUCCGACCGCAGUUCUCGAUCGACGCUUCGAGGGAAAUAACGGCUUCUCGAGACCCUCGGCCGAUGCCCAGCAUCCGAGAAGACACGGCACCGCGGCUUGAGCCGCACUGUAAAUACCUUAGGUCAAGAUCGCUCGAGCCAAGCUUGAGCCAAGGCUACGGACCUGGUGGGGUUACGCGAAGCGUCUAGAAUUGCCAGACUUGACCUCUCGGAUGUCGACCUCUGCAAACACCACAUCGAAGAUAUUAUGAC